UGCUGCGCGUCCCUGCCAUCGCUGGGGUUUCUGUUUUAUUUUCCUGGAGGGGAAAGGUUGGGGGGGGGGGACCAAAAACCAACAUGGUCUCCCCGUGUCCUCUGUUCCCCUCUUCCCCCUUCCCCCUUCUGUCAUCUCAGUAGGAAUCGGCUUUUCCUUACUCUGCCCAGAGCUUUGUUUCUCCUCAGACUCUGACAAGACUCCAGGAAACCAAGAUGGAUUACAGCUCGUUCAGCGGAGUCCCCCGGUUCUUGACCCGGCCUAAGGCGUUCAUGGUGUCUGUGGGGAAGGAUGCCACCUUGAGCUGCCAGAUCAUUGGAAACCCCAUCCCAGUUGUGAGCUGGGAAAAGGAUAAGCUUCCAGUCCAGUCUGGGGGAAGGUUUAAAACCACAGAAGAUGGGGAUCUCUAUCGGCUAACAAUCUACGAUCUGAGCCUGGAGGACAGUGGCCAAUACAUCUGCCGGGCCAAGAACACCAUCGGCGAAGCUUUUGCAGCUGUCAGCAUCAAGGUUGGAGAGGAGACCACAGUAACGGAGUCAGCCCCAUACUUCAUCCAGAAACCCUCCUCCAUCAAAGUAACAUUGGGAGAAGAUGCCAUGUUCAAAUGCAAAGUCCAGGGCAGCCCUCCCCUCUCGGUGAACUGGGAGAAGGAUGGGAGACACCUGCGGAACCGGACUGAUGCCGGACGCUUCCAUAUCGAGUCUGCUGGGGAGUCAAACGCUCUCACCAUCCAGUGUGCCCGGCUGGGGGACAGCGGCACCUACACCUGCCGGGCGGAGAAUCCCAUCGGCUCUGCCAGCGCUUCAGCUGCGCUGGUGGUGGAAACGCAGGGCUCUUCCAACCCGGGCAGCAGCAGCCAUUUCGAUACCAGCUGCGGCAAGACGGCAUCCUUGUUGUCUCACUUGCAAAGGAGGCGGGAGGAGAUCAGGAAGACAGACAUCUCCCAUGGGGCUCUUGAUUCAACAUCUGCCCAGUCUUACUCCAUGGCAGAAGGGUUGUCCGGCAUCAGCUACAGCCUCUCCCGGGAUUAUGAGAGAGCGGCUGGACUUACCACCAAAGGGGCCCGCAACGCGACUUUCGGGGCGUUGACACGCACGUGCAGCGUGACGGAGGGGAAGCAUGCCAAGCUGAGUUGCUACGUGACGGGUGAGCCCAAGCCAGAGAUUGUGUGGAAGAAGGACGACGAGGUCAUUUUGGAAGGGCGGCGGCAUGUCAUCUAUGAGGAUGAUCAGGAGAACUUUGUGCUGAAGAUCCUCUUCUGCAAGCAGAUAGACAACGGGCUGUACACCUGCACGGCCUCCAACCUGGCAGGCCAGACGUACAGCUCCGUGCUCGUCACCGUCAAAGAACCGUCAAUACCCUUCAAGGAAAAACUGAAGGAUCUUGAAGUGAGGGAGAAGGAAUCUGCCACCUUCCAAUGUGAAGUGCCUGUUCCUAGUACAGAGACAGCUUGGUACAAGGAGGAAACCAAGCUCCGGCAGAGCAAGAAAUACAACAUCGAAGAAGAGGGCACGUAUCGCCGGCUCACUGUCCAGAACGUCACCACAGAUGAUGAUGCUGUCUAUAUCUGUGAGAUGAAAGAAGGGAGCAGGACCAUCGCGGAGUUGUCUGUCCAAGGGAACAUCAUUAAAAAACUUCCACGAAAGACUGCGGUGUUCACAAACGAUACAGCCAUCUUCUGUGUGGAGCUGGACAAUGAAUGCCAGAACAUCCGAUGGCUGAAAAAUAAACAAGAAGUGAAACCCAGUGAUCGAAUCUCCAUCACGUGCUCCGGCAAGCAACAUACCAUGAUCAUCCGAGAGUGUAAGAUGGAAGAUGCUGGUGAGAUUGCCUUCCUGGCUGAUGAAAGCAGGACGUCUACCCAGUUCACUGUGACCACUCCCAAAAAACCUCCCACCCAACCCCCAGCUGACCCUGUGGUGAAAAAUAAAACAGAAACCUCAGUGACGCUGGCAUGGUCCCCUCCGAAGAUGGACCGCCCCAUUCCAAUCGAUGGCUACGUUGUGGAACGCAAGAAACUAACUGGCUUUGCCUGGGUGAGGUGCCAUGAGUCUCAUGUCCCUGUCCCAGAGUUCACGGUGAGCAACCUGUCGGAAGAGGCUGACUAUCAGUUCAGAGUGUCUGCAGUCAACGCCUACGGACAGAGCCCCUACCUGGAGUUCCCAGGGAGCGUGCACCUUGAACCAGUCCCAGCUGUGAAAACCCCCCUGACAACUGUUGAAGCUGUACCUGGAGGGGAUGCUCUGUUUACCAUUGACCUCACGACGACAUGUUCCGGCACUUGGUACCUUAAUGGUAAAGUCUUACAGGAAAGUGAGACCUACAUCAUUAAGAGAACCCAAACUACUCAUACCCUAAUCAUAAAGAAUGUCACCAAGAACGACGAUGGAGCAGAAGUGAAAUUUGUUGCCAAUAAUGUUGACACCAGCACCAAGAUGAGAGUGAAAGGUGCCGCAGUGAGAUUUACCAACAAGAGCAGAGAUAUAGAAAAGGUCUCUGCUCGGCUGCGGGAGGAGGCCAAACUUCAGGCUGAGCUUUCGGACACAGAGGCUACGGUGAAGUGGAUGAAGGAUGGGAAAGAGCUCAAGGCCGGUGAAAAAUACGAGCUUCAAACUGUGGGGAAGAGGCACAUCCUGAAAAUUCGCAACACUGCAGCAGAGGAUGCUGGAGUUUAUGAGUGCAUUUGUGAAGGGGAUAAAAUACUCUAUCAGCUUUCAGUGAAAGCACUUGCAAACUUCACAAACAAAGAGAAAACUGGAGGAGUUAUCAGGGCCGUCUCUGGAAAACAGGCUGAAUUUGUUUCUGAGACCUCUGAGGCCAACAUCAUGGUUAAGUGGUACAAAGAUGGCAAAGAAAUCACAGCCAGCAAGAAAUUCACCAUGGAAGAUAAAGGAAAACUGCAUAAGCUUGUGGCUUCAGCUGUGACAAAAGAAGAUGAAGGAACAUACACAUGCAAAAUUGGAGAUGACACUCUUAUUUUUGAUUUAAAAGUCUCAGAUGAAGCUGUUAAUUUUGUCAACAAGCCCAAAACAACUCCAGAAAUAUCAGUCAGUCCUUCUGAAAACCUUGAGCUGGUGUGUGAGGUGUCAGCUGCCAGCGGAGCCGUGGUAUGGAAGAAGGAUCAAACUGAGGUGAAGCAGGACCAGAGGACAACAGUCAUCUCCCAGGGGACACACCGCAAGCUCAUCAUCAAGAAGGUGACACAGCAAGACCAAGGGAGCUAUACCUGUGAAACAAAGGAUGACAGAACAACAUUCCAAGUCAAAGUCAGAGAGACAGAAGACGUGUUUACAAACAAGGACAAGGUACAAAAGGAGGUGAAGGCUGUACUGACACAAAACGCCACGCUGAGCUGCGAGGUGGCCCAGGAGAAGACCGAUGUGAAAUGGUACAAGGAGGGGAAAGUGAUCACCUCGAGCAAGAAGUUCAAGGUGGAGUCGGAGGGCAAAUCGCGUCGUCUGGUGGUGGGUCAGGUGGAGAAGAGAGAUGCUGGGGAGUACACCUGCGAGGCUGCUGGCCAGAAACUGACCUUCAAGCUUGUCGUCACAGAGGCAGAGGAUGCAUUUGUUUACAACAAGGAGAAGGUGCAGAAAGAGGUGAAAGCUGCACUAUCGGAAAACGCCACGCUGAGCUGCGAGGUGGCCCAGGAGAAGACCGAUGUGAAAUGGUACAAGGAGGGGAAAGUGAUCACCUCGAGCAAGAAGUUCAAGGUGGAGUCGGAGGGCAAAUCGCGUCGUCUGGUGGUGGGUCAGGUGGAGAAGAGAGAUGCUGGGGAGUACACCUGCGAGGCUGCUGGCCAGAAACUGACCUUCAAGCUUGACGUCACAGAAGCAGAGGAUGCAUUUAUCAACAAGGAGAAGGUGCAGAAAGAGGUGAAAGCUGCACUCUCAGAAAACGCCACGCUGAGCUGCGAGGUGGCCCAGGAGAAGACCGAUGUGAAAUGGUACAAGGAGGGGAAACUGAUCACCUCGAGUAAGAAGUUCAAGGUGGAGUCGGAGGGCAAAUCGCGUCGUCUGGUGGUGGGUCAGGUGGAGAAGAAAGAUGCUGGGGAGUACACCUGCGAGGCUGCUGGCCAGAAACUGACCUUCAAGAUCGAUGUCACGGAGGCAGAAGAUGCUUUCAUCAACAAGCAGAAGGUGCAGAAAGAGGUGAAAGCUGCACUCUCAGAAAACGCCACGCUGAGCUGCGAGGUGGCCCAGGAGAAGACCGAUGUGAAAUGGUACAAGGAGGGGAAAGUGAUCACCUCGAGCAAGAAGUUCAAGGUGGAGUCGGAGGGCAAAUCGCGUCGUCUGGUGGUGGGUCAGGUGGAGAAGAGAGAUGCUGGGGAGUACACCUGCGAGGCUGCUGGCCAGAAACUGACCUUCAAGCUUGUCGUCACAGAGCCAGAAGUUGUGUUUACAAACAAGGAGAAGGUGCAGAAAGAGGUGAAAGCUGCACUCUCAGAAAACGCCACGCUGAGCUGCGAGGUGGCCCAGGAGAAGACCGAUGUGAAAUGGUACAAGGAGGGGAAAGUGAUCACCUCGAGCAAGAAGUUCAAGGUGGAGUCGGAGGGCAAAUCGCGUCGUCUGGUGGUGGGUCAGGUGGAGAAGAGAGAUGCUGGGGAGUACACCUGCGAGGCUGCUGGCCAGAAACUGACCUUCAAGCUUGUCAUCACAGAGCCAAAACCUGCAUUUAUAAACCAGGAAAACGUCCAGAAGGAGGUGAAUGCUGUCCUGACAGAAAGUGCCACCCUCAGCUGUGAGGUAGCACAGGACGCAACCGAAGUGAAAUGGUUCAAGGAUGGAAGACUGCUCAUUUCCUCUAGAAAAUUCAGAACAGAAACUGUGGGCAAAACCCGGCGCCUGGUUAUAGAGCAGCUGGAGAAGAAAGAUGCUGGAGAAUACAUCUGUGAGGCUGCAGGCCAGAAACUGACCUUCAAGUUGGAAGCAGCUGAACCAGAGGCUAAAUUUGAAAAUAAAGUUGUCCAGAAAGAACCUCUCAUUGUUCAAGAACAUGAAAGCAUCACACUGACUACUUCAGUAACGCUUGAAACUGCUGCAGUAAAGUGGUUCAAGGAUGGAACAGAAAUCAAGGCGAGCAAGAAAUAUGAGAUCAAGAGUGAGGGGGCGUCCAGGACCCUGACGGUGAACCUGGCUGAGAGCAAAGACACUGCCGUGUACACUUGCCAAACAAAGAGUGACAAGCAGGAAUUCAAAGUACAGGUGAAAGAAAUCCCAGUGAAGUUUGUCAAAAAACUUGAAGCUGUUAAUGCUGAGAUUGGAGGUAGCGUCUCUUUGACCUGUGACGUGAGCCAUGCUAAAGGGAAGGUGGUGUGGCGCAGGAACGGAGUUCAGAUCAAGCCCAGCAAGCGUUUCCAGAUUCGUGAGGAAGGGGUCAAGCGAACACUGACAAUAACGGGGAUCCGGGCUGAGGAUGAGGGAGAGUACUCCUGCGAGUCCAGAGAUGACAAGAGCAGCAUUACCAUCACCCCCAAAGCUCCCAGAGUGGUGAAAUUCGUUACGAGUCUCAACAGCGUGGUCUCUGAGGAAGGAAAAGAGGCUGUGUUCAAGUGCACCGUCUCUCCCAGUGAUGCCGUGGUCACUUGGCUCAGGAAUGGUGUCAAGAUUGAAGCCAGCAAGAAGUACGUGAUCUCCCAGAAGGACACCAACCACAGCCUCACCAUCACUGAUCUGACGCUGGAAGAUGCAGCUGAAAUCUCCGCCCAUGCUGAGGGCGUAGAAAGCACAGCCAAUCUCAGAGUCCGAGAGGCCUCAAUCUCAUUCAAGAAGAAACUGGAGCCCAGAACAGCUGAAGAGAGGGACACAGUGACCUUGGAGGUAGAGCUGACCAAGCCUGCAGAGGUGAAGUGGAUGAGGAACAGCGUCGUAUUGAAGCCCAGUGAAAAAAUAGAGAUCAAAGCUGAGGGAACAAAGCACACCUUGGUCGUUAAGGACAUCUCCUUUGCAGACAGGGGCUUCUACUGCUGUGAGAGUCCUGAUGACAAGACCCAAGCCAAGAUCAAUGUGGAAAUGAGGCAGAUCAAGCUGGUGAAAGGUCUUCAGCCCCUUGAAGUCUCUGAGAAAGGGACCGUCACCUUCGAGGUGGAGGUGUCGCAUGAGGACGUGGAAGGGACCUGGCAGAAGGAUGGCGUUCGGCUGAAGCCUUCACCAAACAUCAGUAUUGGCGUCCUGGGGAAGAAACAUUCACUGACUCUUUCUUCGGUGACUCUUGAAGAUGCAGGACUCAUCUCCUUCAAAGCAGAUGGCAUUCAUUCGUCAGGGAGGCUCACUGUGACAGAAUUGCCUGUGAGAAUCAGCAAACCUUUGGCAGAUGUCAGUGUAACUCAGAAGGACAAGGUCACAUUCGAGUGUGAGCUGUCCAGGCCCAACGUGGAUGUUAAGUGGUUCAAGGAUGGGAAGGAGCUCCAGCAAAGUAAAAAGGUGGGGAUUAUUUCCCAGGGAAAUAAGAGAAGCCUCAUUAUUCACAAGUGUGAAUAUGAAGACCAGGGAACCUAUACAUGUGAAGCAGCUGAAGACAAGACGUCAGCUACCCUAAAGGUUCAUGCCCGAGAUAUCAAUAUUGUUAAACCACUGGAAGAUGUGGAAGUGAAUGAAUACGAGAGCGCGUCUUUCGUCUGUGAGAUUUCACAUGAUGAGGUCCAAACCCAAUGGUACAAAAAUGACAACAAGCUGAAGGCUGCCGACAAUAUUAGAAUGCGUCAAGAUGGAAAGACCUAUUCGCUGACUUACACGCGCGUCCAAGUUGAAGAUGCAGCAGAGAUCAAAUUUGUAGCAGAAAAGGCAGAAUCUCGUGCCCAGCUUACUGUAAAAGAGCUGCCUGUAAAAAUUGUGAAGCCUUUGCGAGAUAAGAUUGCUCUUGAAAAACACCGGGGAUUCCUGGAGUGCCAGGUGUCUCGUGGCAGUGCCAAAGUUAAAUGGUAUAAAAAGGACGUUGAAAUUCACCCUAGUGACAAAUACGAAAUUGUGAGCGAAGGUGUUUAUCGGAAACUCAUCAUCAACGAUGCAGAUUAUGAAGAUGAGGACACGUACACUUGUGAUGCCUUUGAUGACAAAAGCAGCGCUAAUUUCUUUGUUGAAGAGCAAUCCAUUAAUAUCGUAAAGGAGUUGUGUGAUGAGGAUGUGACUGAGCCUGAAGAAGCCAAGUUUGAAUGCGAGAUAUCCAUUCCAUCCGUGAAACCCCCCAAAUGGUCUCUACGCGGAGAAGUCUUACAGGCUGGCAGAAACAUUAUCAUGCAGCAAGAAGGCACGAUCCACCGUCUGACAAUACUGAAAACCAGUGCUGAUAUGACAGGCACCAUUCAGUUCUCCAUUGGCAAAUCAAAAUCUACAGCAAACCUGCUUGUCAGAGAUUACCACAUACAGAUCACCAGGAAGAUGGAGGACAAGACAGCUCUGGAGCGCCAUUCAGUCAUCCUGUCCUGCGACUUCAGGCCUUCUCCAAAGGUUGUGAAGUGGUUCAAAGGCCACACACCCAUCGAGCCCUCUGAGAAGUACAAAAUCAAGAGGGAGCAGCAUUCGGCAGAGCUCAAGAUUUUGAAGGUGAAGCCCGAAGAUGCUGGCGUGUACAAGUGCAGGGCUGGAAAUGCCGAGACCGAAGCCACGCUGACUGUUGAAGCCCGCAAUGUAGAAGUACUCAAACACCUGCAGGAUGUGGAAAUUGAAGAAGAGAGUUCUGCUGUCUUCUCCUGUGAGCUGUCUCACGACGACGAGGAUGUGGAAUGGUUCCUCAACGGCACCCUCCUUUACACCAACAAUUUCAAUGACAUCAGGAACGUUGGCAAUUGCUACACGCUGACGAUGAAGCAGGUCAAGCCUGAGGAUGCUGGCACAGUGACAAUGAAGUCAGACAAGGUGUCAGAGACCGUGCGUCUGAAGGUGAUAGAGAAGCCUGCUGUCUUCAUGAAGUCCUUGGACGAUGUUUUUGGUGAGGAGCGAGGUGCGAUUAAACUGGAAUGUGAAGUCUCCAAAGAGAAGGUCAAACCUGUUUGGAAAAAGGAUGGUGUGAAGCUCACUUCUGGUAACAAGUAUGAGCAGAUACAGUCUGGGAAGACCCUGUGCCUCCUUAUCCAUGACCUUGAAAAGACAGAUGCAGGUUUAUACACAUGUGAUAUUGGCACUGAUGUUGCCAAGUCAAAGGUCAGCGUUCAGGAACUGAACAUUGGCAUCACCAAACGGCUGAAGAACACUGAAAUCCAGGAGGGAGAAGAUUGCACUUUUGAGUGUAUUUUGUCCCAUGAAAGCAUUGACGACUUCAACUGGACGCUGAACGGGAGCAAAGUGGAAAGCGGUGGGCGAUUUAAAGCCUCUAACAUGGGUCGGAAAUAUAUGCUCAAUAUCAAAAGCGUGAUUCCUGAAGAUGCUGGGGAAGUCAUUUUCACCGCCCGUGGUCUAACCUCCAAGGCUUCUCUGAUUGUGAAAGAAAAACCUACUGAGGUUACAAAACCGCUGGAGGAUAAAACAUCAGCAGUGGGGCAGGACAUCAGCCUGAGCUGUGAAUUGUCGAAACCUGAUGUGAGCAUCAGGUGGUACAAGGAUGGCAAAGCGAUCCGAAAAAGCCAGAAAUAUGACUUGCACCAGGAGGGAACGCGGGCCAUUCUGAUCAUCCAUGACUCCACGGUCAAGGACAGUGGGGAGUACACCUGUGAGACAGAAGUCUCUAAAACGAAAGCCAGGAUCACAGUGCAAGAAAAACCUAAUUAUUUUGUCAAGGAACUUUCAGAUCUGAAAAUUGAUGAAAGUGGAACUGCAGUUUUUAUGUGCCAGAGUGAGAAAGCUGCAUCCUCUGUGGUCUGGAGGAAAGGCAUAGCUGAACUCAAGGCUAGCAAGAAAUACGAGAUCACACAGAAAGGACAAGUCCUGCAGCUGACCAUAAAUAACUUGGAGAAAAGUGACAGUGACACUUACACCUGCGACAUUGGUGACGCCCAGUCCAGAGCCAAGCUAGUCGUGCAAGGCCAGAAAGUGCUAAUAACAGAAGACCUGGAAGAUGUCACUGUGUUAGAAGGAGAAUCUGCCAUGUUCAAAUGCAGAAUAUCUCCUGUAGACUGUAGCAAAGUGCAGUGGUUUUUGGAUAAAACCCCACUCCAUACCAAUGAACUUAAUGAGAUCCAGUCUCAGCCUGGUGGAUAUCACUUGCUAACGUUGAAAAAACUCUCACUGAAGGACUCGGGGGUCAUUACAUUUGAAGCUGGUGAUAAGAAAACCUCUGCCAGUUUGAUUGUUAAAGAGAAGCCCUGCAUCUUCACAAAGGAGCUGGUUGAUACUGAAGUCACUGCAGGAGAGGAUGUGAUCCUUCACUGUGAAACCUCCAAAUCAGACAGCCCUGUAAAGUGGUGCAAAGACGGGAAGAGCCUUAGGAAUUCUUCCAAGUAUAACAUCAGCCGGUCGGGAUUUGAAGCCAAGCUUGUCAUUCACAGGGCAGAAGAAAGAGACAGUGGCAGAUAUGAGUGUGAGGCUGGAGCAGCUAAAAGUAGCGCGGUUAUUACUGUCAAGGAAAUAGCAGUUCUUUUCAAGCAAGAGCUCCAAAAUGAAGAAGCUAAAGAAGGAAAACAAGUCAAGCUGACCUGUGAGCUCAGCAAACCUGAUACCCCGGUGAAAUGGAUGAAAGGAGACACUGUUCUCUAUGCCAGCGAGAAGUAUGAAUUUAAGCAGCGUGGUACUGUGGCGGAGCUCAUUAUUCGAGAUGUCAAAUCAAUAGACUCUGGGGAAUAUACCUGCAGCACUGGGGAACUGAAGACCACUGCUCGGGUGAAAGUAAACGCUGUGCCUGUCCUUUUCAAACAAGCCCUGGAGAACACGGAAAUGGAAGAGGGGAAAUCUGUCUCCUUGCGCUGCGAACUCACAAAAGCUGAUGCCACCGUGGUGUGGAAGAAGGGAGAAGCCACGCUCCAGGCAAGUGCCAAAUAUGAAAUGAAGCAGAAGGGGACAGUGGCAGAGCUGGUGAUUCAUAAUGCAGAGCCAGAAGAUGCGGGAAGAUACAUCUGUGACACUGGAGACCAGCAGACCACAGCCCAAGUCAAAAUCCAUGCCAUCUCUGUGCUCAUCAAAGAAGAGCUGAAGAGCGUGGAAGCUGUGGAAGGUGGGACCGCCACCCUGCGAUGCCAGCUGAGCAGAGAGGCCCCCGUGGAGUGGAGGAAGGGGCACGCUCUUCUCCGGCCGAGUAACAAGUACAGGAUGAGACAGGAGGGCACGGUGGCUGAGCUGCUGAUCCACGAUCUGGACCCAAAGGAUGCUGGAGACUAUACAUGUGUGGUGGGGAACCAAAAAAGCACAGCAGCCUUGUCAGUGAAUGCCCUGCCAGUCCGUUUCAAAAAAGAGCUGAAGAACGAGGAAGCCACCGAGAGCGGGACGGCCACGCUGCAGUGCGAGCUGAGCCAGGCGGUGGGCUCGGUCGAGUGGAGGAAGGAUGGGAAGGUGCUGAUGCCAAACGGCAAAUACAAAAUGAGACGGGAAGGGCGUUUUGUUGAGCUGGUUAUCCAAGACCUAGACUUGAUGGAUGCUGGGAGCUAUACCUGCGUGUGUGGAGACCAGAAGACAACAGCUGCCUUGAGAGUGAAUGCCUUGCCUAUCCUCUUCCAAGAAGAAAUGUUGAACAAGGAAGCUACGGAGGGGGAGGCGGUCACUUUGCACUGUAAACUGAGCAAAUCGGCCCCGGUCGAGUGGAGAAAGGGGAAUGUGGUCCUCAAGCCAAGUGAAAAAUACAAAAUAGAGCAGGAAGGUCCCUUUGCGGAGCUGAUGAUCCGGGAUUUGGAUUUGGCAGACGCUGGCGACUACAGCUGUGUGUGUGGAGAUCAACAGACUACAGCUGCUUUGACAGUAAAUGUCCUGCCUGCUCUUUUCACCAAAGAACUGACAGAUGAAGAAGCCACAGAGGGUAAAAGUGUCUCUCUGCACUGUGAGCUGAACAAGGCUGCUGCUAAUGUGGAGUGGAAGAAGGGCUUCAAAACCCUCAAAGCAAGUGACAAGUAUAAAAUGAAACAUGAAGGUGUCGUUGCUGAGCUUAUAAUCCAAAAUCUAGACACGACGGAUGCUGGAAAUUACUCCUGUGUGUGCGGAGACCGGCAGACUAUGGCAGUUUUAACAGUGCAUGCUUUGCCUGCGUUUUUCAAAGAAGGAUUGAAGAACAGAGAAGCCACAGAUGGUGCAACAGCCACUUUGCACUGCGAGCUGAGCAAGGUCGGUGUCCCAGUGGAGUGGAAGAAAGGGGACAAGACACUCAAACCGAGUGAUAAGUAUAGGAUGAGACAAGAAGAUACCGCUGCAGAGCUGUUGAUCCGAGAUCUGGAGGUAGAAGAUACAGGAGAAUAUACCUGUGUGUGUGGAGAUCAGAAGACCUCAGCUGUCUUGACAGUCCAUGCUUUGCCUGCACUGUUCAAAAAAGAACUUGUCAGUAUGGAAGCCACAGAAAACGGCACAGCUGUUCUGCAGUGUGAGCUAACUAAACCCACUCCGGUGGAGUGGAGAAAAGGGCAAAAGGUGCUGAAGCCUAGUGAGAAGUACAAAAUGAGACUGAAGGAUACCAUUGCUGAGCUGACAGUCCAUAGCCUGGAGGAGCAAGAUGCGGGAGAUUACACAUGCGUGUGCGGAGACAAGAUGACUACUGCAUCCCUGACAGUGCAUGCCCUUCCUCUGCAUUUUAAAAAAGAGUUGAAGAACGUGGAAGCCACAGAAAAUGGCACGGCCACUUUCUGCUGCGAGCUGAACAAGCCAGCAGCUGCCGUGGAAUGGAGGAAAGGAGACAGAGCCCUGGAGCCAAAUGACAAGUUCACCAUGAGCUGCGAGGGCACAACUGCUGAGCUGGUGAUCCGUGAUUUAGAUCUGACGGAUGCGGGAGACUACACAUGCUGUUAUGGAGAUCAGAAAACCACUGCUGCGCUAACAGUGAAUGCCUUGCCUGCACACUUCAAGAAAGAGAUGAAGAAUGAAGAAGCCACAGAAGGUGGAACAGCCACGCUACAAUGUGAGCUAUCUAGGGCUGCCUCUGUGGAGUGGAAAAAGAAACACAAAGUGCUGAAAUUGAGUGAAAAAUAUACUAUGAGACAGGAAGGUACUACAGCACAACUGCUGAUCCAUGCUUUAGAAGUCAAGGAUGCUGGGGAGUACACCUGUGUGUGUGGAGAUGAGAAGACUACUGCGGCACUGACAGUGCAUGCCCUUCCUGCUCUCUUCAAAGAAGAGUUAAGAAAUGAGGAAGCCACGGAGGGUGAAGUAGUCACUCUGCGCUGUGAGCUGACCAAGACCGCUUCGGUGGAGUGGAAAAAAGGACACACAGUACUCAAACCUAGCGAGAAAUACAAAAUGAGGCAGAAGGAUGUCACUGCAGAACUGGUGAUCCAUAAUCUAAAUGAGAAUGAUGCUGGUGAUUAUACCUGUGUGUGUGGGGAUAAGCAGUCCACAGCUUCCUUAGCAGUACAUGCACUGCCUGCACGCAUCAAGGAAAGCCUGAAGGAUGAGGAGGUAACAGAAGGUCAAGCAGCCACCCUGAGCUGUGAGCUGACCAAGAUUGCUCAAGUAGAGUGGAGAAAGGGAAGCAGUUUGCUCAAAGUCAGCGACAAAUACAAAAUGAGACAGGAGGGCAUGGUCAUGAAGCUGCUUAUCCAUGACGUAGAAUUGCAAGAUGCUGGAGAAUACACUUGUGUGUGUGGAGAACAGGAGACAACAGCUGCCUUGAUAGUGCAUGCCCUGCCUGCACUUUUCAAAGAAGAACUGAAGGAUGUGCAAGCCAUGGAAAGCCAAACAGCCGCUCUGCGCUGUGAGCUGACCAAGGCUGCAGCUGUGUCAUGGAAGAAAGGAAACAAAAUACUCAGGGCAAGUGAAAAAUACAUCAUGCGGCAGGAUGAUGCCCUUGCUGAGCUGGAAAUUUAUGAUCUAGAGCUGCAGGAUGCAGGGGAUUACACCUGUGUGUGUGGAGACCAACACACCACGGCUUCUCUGACAGUGAAUGCCCUGCCAGUGCUUUUCAAGGAAGAACUGAAGAAUGAAGAAGUCCUAGAAGGAGCAUCAGUCUCUCUGCGUUGUGAAUUAACCAAAGCAGCUCCAGUGCAGUGGAAAAUAAGGUCCAAAGUGCUCAAAGCAAGUGACAAAUAUCAAAUGAGACAGCCUGGCACCAUUGCAGAGCUGGUCAUUCAUGACCUAGAAGUAAAAGAUGCUGGAGAUUACAUGUGUGUUUGUGGUGACCAGAAGACAACAGCAACCUUAACAGUUCAUGCUCUGCCACCGCUCUUCAAGGAAGAGCUAAAGAACAAGGAAGCAGAAGAAGGUGGAGAAGUCGCCCUGCACUGUGAGCUCACCAAGGCUGCUCCGGUGGAGUGGCGGAAGGAACAGAGGAUUCUCAAAGCGAGUGAGAAAUACAAAAUGAGGCAGGAAGGGACCAAGGCAGAGCUGGUGAUUCAUGAAAUAGCUGAGGAGGAUGCAGGAGACUACACCUGCGUGUGUGGAGAGCACCAGACUACAGCCGUCUUAACAGUACAGGCCGUGCCUCCGUUUUUCCAAGAAGAAAUGACCAGCAAGGAAGCAGUAGAAGGUGGAACGGCAACUUUGCACUGUGAGCUCAGCAAGGCAUCUGCCCAUGUUCAGUGGAAGAAGGGCCAUCAUGUCCUCACCUCGGACAACAAGUACAGCAUGAGACAGGAAGGCUGUGUUCUGGAGCUGGUAGUUCACGAUUUAGGCUUGAAUGAUACUGGAGAUUAUACCUGUGUGUGUGGAGACAAGACCACCACAGCUGCCUUAACAGUGCAUGCACUGCCUCCAGAAUUCAAACAAGACCUGAAGGACCUAGAAGCUGUAGAAAGUGGGACAGCUGCUCUGCACUGUGAGCUGACUAAACCUGCUGUGGUGGAGUGGAAGAAAGGGCAGGAGGUGCUCCAGGCAAGCAGCAAAUACAAAAUGAGUCAAGAUGGUACCGUUGCGAAGCUGACUAUCCAUGAGCUGGAUGUGGACGACACUGGAGAUUACACCUGCGUGUGUGGAGAUCAGCAGACAACUGCCAAUUUUAUAGCCCUACCAGCACUUUUUAAACAAGAGCUUCAGAACACCGAGGCAGAAGAAGGUGGUACAGCAACACUGAGGUGUGAGCUUACCAAACUCAAUGCUCCUGUAGAGUGGAGGAAAGGAGAUACUACUCUCUACCCUGGUUUGAAAUAUGAGAUGAAGCAUCAGGGCUCCACUGCUGAAUUGGUCAUUUAUGACUUAGAGCUGGAUGAUUCAGGAGAGUACACCUGCGACUCUGGACAUCAGCAGACAACAGCGGUGGUAACCGUACAUGCACUGCCUGUCACAUUUAAGCAACCCCUUCAAAAUAAGCAAUCAGAGGAAGGAAGUACAGCUACAUUGUGCUGUGAGCUUUCGAAACCCAAUGCUGCAGUGGAAUGGAAGAAAGGAGGAGUGGGGCUGCAGCCCAGCGAGAAGUAUGAAAUGAGGCAGAGGGAAUGCCGGGUAGAGCUCUUAAUACAUAAUCUCAGAUUAGAAGAUACAGGACAGUACAGCUGUGAUACUGGGGGUCAGGAAACCAAGGCAUCUUUAAAUGUGAAAGCUCUGCCAGUUCUUUUCAAAAAGGAGCUCAAGGACAAGGAGGUGGAAGAAGGAGCUGCAGUGAAAUUCCAGUGUGAACUGACAAAGGAUAAUGCAACAGUGGAGUGGAGGAAAGGCACCAUGGAGCUCUUCCCGUGCACCAAAUACGAAAUUAAAUUAAGUGGUCGCACAGCCGAACUUGUGAUUCAUAAUGUAGAACCAGAAGACGCCUCUGAUUACACAUGUAAUACAGGAGACCAGCAGAGCACAGCAGUCCUCAGAGUGAAUGCCAUCAAACCCCGGCUGAAGCAGCAGCUGAAGAAUGAAGAAGUGGAAGUGGGAGGAACGGCCAGGCUGUGCUGUGAGAUUUCCAUUAGCAAAGCAGAAGUGGAGUGGAGGAAAGAUGGAGUCGUCCUUCACUCAAGCUCCAAGUACGAAAUGUGGCAGGACGGCACCCUCCGCGAGCUGCGUGUUCACCGCCUGGAGCCUACCGAUGCUGGAGAGUAUUCCUGCAAGGCUGGAGAUGAGACGAGCUCUGCAAAACUGACCGUGAAAGAGCCUGACGUGACCAUUGUGAGUGGCCUAAAGGACAUGGAGGUGUUUGAGGGGGACGAUGUCACGUUUCGGUGCCAGGUUUCUCAUGAGAAUGCAAGGGACGUUGAAUGGAAGCUACAGGAUGUUGCUCUGCAAAAUAAUGAAAUGAAUGAGAUCUCAGUGGAAAAAGGAAAGAUUCACACCCUGACAUUAAGGAAGGUGACCGAGCAGGACAUUGGCACCAUCGUUUUCCGAGUGGGACCCCACACGUCGACGGCGGAGCUCACAGUAAAAGUGCCACCUCCAGUCUUUAAGGAGAAAUUGCAGAGCACAGAACUGCAGGAAGAAGAAACAGCCAUCCUCCGCUGCGAGGUCUCCCAGCCUAAUGUUGCGGUGGAGUGGAAGAAGGGCACCCAGGUGAUUUCCCCGAGCUCCAAGUAUGAAAUCAGGCAGGAGGGAACAAGCCAUACCUUAAAGAUUUAUCAUGUAAAACCAGAAGACUCUGGCAAAUACACCUGUGAUAAUGGAAGCGAACAAACGACAGCCACUUUAACUGUUAAAGCUUUGCCAGUAAUCUUCACAAAACCACUCCAGAACCAGCAAGCUGAAGAAGGUGGCACCAUCACUUUGAGCUGUGAAAUCUCAAAAUCAAAUGCCGCUGUGCAGUGGAAGAAGGCCGGGACAGUGCUGCGACCAAGUGAUAAAUACAAGAUGCGCCAAGCUGGGUCCGUGGCUGAGCUGAUGAUUCGCAACCUGAGUGAAGCUGAUGCUGGGGAAUACAUGUGUGACACAGGGGACCGGCAAACCACUGCAGCUGUGCUCGUGAAAGAACCAGCAGCAACCAUAGUGGAGACGCUGAAGGACGUAACUUCGUAUGAAGGAGAAGACGCAGUGUUUGAAUGCAGGCUGUCCCGGGAAACAACUCAGGAUGCCCAGUGGUUCCUGGGGGAUGUUCCCCUUCAAUCCAAUGAAAUGAAUGAGAUCAGAGUCCAAGGGACGUGUCACACACUGAUCCUGAGGAAGGUGACGCUAGAAGACUGCGGGCCCAUCAGUUUCAAAGUCGGGCAGCAUAGCUCAGCAGCACAGCUAAUGGUCCAAGUUGCUCCGGUCACCUUUGUAAAGGCUCUCCACAGCUUGGAGCUGCAGGAGGGUGGCACAGCUCACUUGUCCUGUGAGGUGUCCAAGCCCGAUGUGCCAGUGGAAUGGAAGAAAGGCACGUCCGUGAUCUGCUCCAGCCAGAAGUGCAGCAUCAAGCAGGAGGGGAACGUGCACACGCUGGUCAUUCACGAUUUGAACCGUGCAGACUCAGGGGAGUAUAGCUGCCACGUAGCUGAUGAGAAGACCACUGCCAGAUUAGAGGUUAAAGCGCUGCCCGUGCUUUUCAAACACUGGCUGAAAAAUGAGGAGGUGGAGGAAGGGCGCACAGCCAUGCUGCACUGCGAGCUGACAAAACCCAAUGCACCCGUGGAGUGGAGGAAAGGAGAUACGGUGCUGCAGCCAAGUGACAAGUAUGAGAUCCGGCAAGAGGGGACACGUGUUGAGCUCUUCAUCUAUGAUGCUGAGGCUCAGGACGCUGGUGAUUAUACGUGCGACUCGGGGGAUCAGCAGACCACUGCAUCGCUCCAAGUCAAAGUACUACCCGUGCUGUUUAACGCAGAGCUGAAAAACGUAGAGUCUGAAGAAGGGGGAACAGCUGUCUUGCACUGUGAGAUCUCCAAGCCGGACGCCCCCGUUGAGUGGAGAAAAGGAGGGGUGGUCAUUCAGCCCAGUGACAAGUACGAGAUGAAGCUGAAAGGCAGCAUUGCUGAGCUGAUCAUCCACGGUGUAGAGCCUGAUGACUGUGGGGAUUAUACCUGUAGCACUGGAUACGAGAUCACCACAGGUUCUGUGUAUGUGCAAGAAGAAGCAGCAGUCAUAAUUUCUGGUUUAAAGAACACAGACGUCUUUGUGGGUGAGUCAGCCACAUUCACCUGCGAGCUCUCGCACCCGGGCGUGAAGAACGUGCAGUGGUGGCUCGAUGGAUCUCCCCUUCACAACAACUUUGUGACUGAAAUCUCUGAGCAGGACGGGAUGAUCCACACUUUAACGCUAAAUGACGUGGCGUGCCAUGACUCAGGCACUGUCACCUUCAGAGCUGGGUCCCUUAUAUCUUCAGCUAAAUUACUAGUCAAAGAUCCAACCAUUGAAGUGGUCAGUCCCAUGCAGGAUAUAACUGUUGAUGAAGAUGGCACAGCAGAGUUCAUAUGCCAAUAUUCUAGGCCAGUACACGCCAUAUGGAAGAAAAAUGAUCAGGAAAUACAUGCAGAUGGGCAUCGAGUGAUUAUCAAUCAGGACUGGAAUGUAAGCAUGCUAAAAAUUAAACCUACGGUACCAGAAGACACUGGCAUCUAUUCUUGUGAAGCUGAAGGCACUAAAGUGAUGGCUGCACUUGAUGUCCAAGCCAAGAACAGCAUUGUCCAGGGCUUGGAGAAUGUGGAAGCCGUGGAAGGAGGAGAAGCCCUGUUUGAAUGCUAUCUUUCCAAGCCCGAGUGCUGCAAUUACAACUGGCUGAUUGACGAUGAACCUGCCAAAACUACAGAAAACACUGAGAUGGUUUACUUUGAAAAUGGACGCAGGCAUCUUCUGCUGCUGAAGAACCUAACUCCCCGGGACAGCUGCAGGGUGACUUUUAUGUGCAGCGAUGCAGUGACCUCAGCCUUCCUGACGGUGAAAGGAUGGCGCCUACAGAUCUUGCAGCCUCUCACAGAUGUGGAAGUCUCUCCGGGGGAGAAAGCUACGUUUACCUGCGUUCUAAGUGAAGCUGUGCCAAUUGCUGAAGUUGCCUGGUAUAGUAAUGACAUAGAGAUCCAGUCGGAUGAGGACUGGGAGGUACAGGCAGAUGGAAACAAAUACAAACUUAUUCUGAAAAAAGCCCAACCGCAUCAUUCUGGAGAGGUGACCUUUGCUUCCAGGGAAGCAAUUACAUCAGCCAAGCUAUCAGUGAUAGCCCACCCCGAUCCACCUGAAGAACCAGAAGUUUUAAGUAAGAACAGCCACUCUGUAACUCUGUCUUGGUACAAGCCGUUGAGUGACGGCGGUUGUGACAUCCUAGGCUACAACGUUGAGAGGAAAAUCCCAGGUAUUGGCUGGCAGUCAUGCAGCAAGGGCAUUAUUCAAAACACAGAGUUUAUGGUGGACAAUCUCACUCCGGGUGAACCCUACAGAUUCCGCGUCUCAGCUAUAAACAAAGUUGGGGCCAGCGAGCCGGUGCACUUCCCUCAGAUGGUGCGGCUAGAGCCUCCAGUUACAGUCACCCAUCCUUUGGUGGGAGGAUCAGUCUCAGAAGGGGAGGUGGCACGCUUGGAGUGCAAAUUAUCAAGUGAAACCAAAGAGAGAGUGACAUGGUUCAAAGGAAAAGAACAAAUACAAGCUGGAGGGAGAUAUGAGAUCCUCUCUGAUGGAAAAAAGCAGAUACUCAUUAUUCAUGCAUUUAAACCUGAAGAUCAGGACACAUAUACCUGCAUGGUUUCUCCAGAAGUCAAAUCUGUUGCCAGCUUGUGUCUUGAAGUUCCCACAGUGACAAUGCUAAAAGAGAUUGCCAGGGAAGUACCCGCUGCAAGCCAACCAGAAGAGCUGGUGGAUGGCCAUGUCCAGCCCAGCUUGCCCCCUGAGGCUGCUCAGGAGGGAGACCUUCACCUCCUGUGGGAAGCCCUGGCCAAGAAACGCCGGAUGAGCCGGGAGCCCACCUUGGAUUCCAUCAGCGAGGUGCCUGAAGAGGACGAGAAGCUUCAGAAGUUGAGGAAGGAGGAAGCGGAGAUGUCUCACUAUUAUUCAGAGGAGUACUCCACGUGUGACGAGCUGGCUAGGACAGGAGAAGCAGAUUUCUCUUUCACAAGCUCAGAUGAUGAGUCGAGAGCUGGGACUCCUUCACUGGUGAACUACCUCAAGAAAGCUGGGAAGACAAGUGUCAGUGUAACUAGCAAGGUUCAGUCCACCUCCACAGGCAAAUUAUGGAAACAGUGGGAGAAAUCCAGUGUGGAGGCAGUUGUGGCUGCCCCAGCUGCUAAGCCAGCUGAACCAGAAAUACCAGAUUUAGAUGAUCCUUCCAUGAACAAGGCCGCUGUGAAGAUCCAGGCUGCUUUCAAAGGCUACAAAGUCAGGAAAGAGAUGAAGCAACAAGAGUGCCCAGUGUUUACUGAGACCUUCAAAGAUUUCUCUGGUGAGCCUGGAAGCACUCUCCACCUUGAGUGUGUGGCACACAGCAAAACUGACAUGAAAGUCCGUUGGCUGAAAGACGGGGAAGAGCUUUCAGAUGGUCGCUACUUUCACAUAGACAAUUACAGUGAUGGGACCUGCUCUUUGAUUAUCACUGGCCUGGAGAGGAAAGAUGCGGGUAAAUACACCUGUGAGGCAUCUAAUAAAUUUGGCAAGGUUUCACACAGUGCUAAGGUGGUUAUUGGCACUCAGGAACCUCAAGUUCUUUGUAAGGAGAAGCAGGUUAAACAAAGCACUGACAGUGAGACAGAGAGCUCAUCUGGCAGUGAGCUGGAUGAUGCUUUCCGUAAAGCAGGAAGGCGACUUCAUAGACUCUUCAGGACCAAGAUCUCAACAGAGAUCUCUGAUGUGGAGGAAGAGCUCUUUGUCAGUGCAGAUGAAGGGGACAUAGAGGUGGUCGACCAUCAGACGUAUCGUGAGGAUGACCAGUACAUCUACAUCAAGUUUGAAAUCUUGUCUGAGGCAAAAACUGCUGCCACUCGAUUCAGAGACAUGUUUGGUGCUCUGGGAAUUCCCGUGGAGAUUGACAUUUUGGAACAAGGCCCUAAAAAAAUUGAAUUGCGUAUUGGGAAAGCGACACCACCCACCCAUGAGAAGUUUGCACUCCCAGUAGUGAGACCUCCACCACCUUUGCUGACUUCUGAUACAGCUCCCAUGUUCAUGACGGAGCUCCAAAACCAAGAGGUACAAGAUGGAUAUCCAGUCAGCUUUGACUGCAUUGUCGUUGGCAAACCGCUCCCCACGGUUCGCUGGUUCAAGGACGGGAAAGCUAUUGAAGAAAACGAUCAUUACAUGAUCAACGAGGACCAGGAAGGGUGCCAUCAGCUGAUCAUCACAGCUGUGGUCCCCACUGACAUGGGUGUUUACCGUUGCCUCGCUGAAAACAACGUGGGAGUUGCUUCAACCAAGGCUGAGCUUCGAGUGGACUUGACCAGCACCGACUAUGAGACAGCAGCAGAUGCAACAGAGACAUCUUCUUACUACAGUGCCAAAGAAUAUAUUUCAAGCCGAGAACAGGAGGAAUCGACCACUGAGGAGGAACAAUUGCCCCAGAUCUUCGAUGAGCUUCAUGAUAUUCAUGUGGCACCUGGAGCAUCACUGGCUAAAUUUCACCUGAAGGUGAAAGGGUACCCGCAGCCUCGUCUCUAUUGGUUCAAAAACGGACAGCCGUUAAAGGCCUCGGAUCGCAUCCUGAAGACUGAUAAACAGGAAUUCCACUUGCUGGAAAUUCGCGACGUCACUAAGGCAGAUGCUGGCCAGUACUCAAUAUUUGUCAUCAACUCUGCUGGUUCUGCAUAUUCAUCGGCUAGGCUGGUAGUCAAAGAUCCUGAUGAGAAAGAAGAGCCGUCAGAAACAGAUUCCCAUGAGCAGCUGAUACCACCAAGGUUCCUAGAAAGAUUUACCAAUAAAAAGGUGAAAAAAGGUGCAAGCAUCACAUUAUCUGUAAAAGUUGAAGGACAUCCACCGCCAACUAUUACUUGGCUGAAAGAAGAGCCUCGGGAAGAUCUCCUGUGGAUCAAACCAGACACUCCUGGGUAUAAACUUGCCAGUUCAAAUAUGCAUCACAGUCUAAUCCUGUUGGAUGUUAAAAAGAAGUACAGUGGAGCUUAUACGUGCAUUGCUACCAACAAGGCUGGCCAGUCCAUCUGCACCGCCACCCUGGAAGUUGCAGAUGUGAAAGAGGCUGAAGUUCUGACCCAGGAGCGUGUGAUGGUGUCAGAAGCCAUCAUGACCACACUGGGAGCUAUUCAUCCCUCUGAAAUAAGAGAAGGAGACCUUGAAGCUGAUAGAGAAGGUGUACCCAAAAGCCCUGUUUCAUUAGCUGAUGUUGGCUCGGAAGAGUUCUUCCAGAAACUCACCUCGCGUAUCUCAGAAAUGGUAUCUGCAAAAAUAAGUCAGGCUACACUUCGAGUGCCAGGUGCAGAAAGUGAUGAUGAAUCAAAAACUCCCUCUGCAUCUCCUCGCCAUGGACGAUCCAGACCUUCAUCCAUUGCUCAGGAGUCCUCCUCCGAAUCUGAAGAUGGGGAUUCCAGAGGAGAGAUCUUUGACGUCUACAUGGUCACGGCUGACUAUGUGCCCGCUGCGCCUGACAGGGAGACCAUCACUUUGAAGGAAGGCCAAUAUGUGGAAGUCCUUGAUUCAGCUCAUCCUCUGAAAUGGCUGGUCAGGACUAAACCCACAAAAUCUAGCCCCUCUCGACAGGGUUGGGUAUCUCCAGCUUAUCUGGACAAGAAAUUAAAGUUGUCACCAGAAUGGGGAACAACAGAAGCUCCCGAGUUCCCUGGAGAGUUUGUUUCUGAAGAUGAAUAUAAAAGGAAGCUAAGUGUUCUUAUUCAAGAGCUGUUGACCUCAGAAGAGGAUUACGUUCAAGAUCUACAGUUUCUCCAGACUCAUCACCUUAAGUACACUGAGACCUGUCCCAAUGUCCCAGGAGCUGUCGCCAGCCAGAAAUCCACCAUCUUCAGAAAUAUUGAUGGCAUAGCUCGCUUCCAUUCCAGUGUCUUCCUCCGAGGCUUGCAGAAAUGUGACACUGAUGAUGACGUGGCCAUGUGCUUUAUCAAGCAUGAAGCAGAGUUUAAUAAGUACAUUCAGUACCUGGUGGGGAGAGUACAGGCUGAGUCGAUUGUUGUCAGCAAAGCUGUCCAGGAUUUCUACAAGAGAUACACAGAUGAAAUCUUAACUAAUGAAGUUCCUUCACAACCACUUAUCCCACCACUGCAGCACUACCUGGAAAAACCCAUAAACAGGAUCCAGCAGUACCAGACUAUCAUCAAGGAAUUAAUCCGAAACAAAGCAAGAAAUAGCCAAAACUGCACUUUGCUGGAGCAGGCUUAUGCCGUUGUGUCUGCACUCACCCGAAGAGCAGAAAACAACCUCCAUGUCUCACUCAUUGAGAAUUAUCCGGGGACCUUGGAAAGCCUUGGCGAACCCAUCCGACAGGGCCACUUCAUCGUGUGGGAAGGAGCUCCAGGAGCCAGAAUGGCAUGGAAAGGACACAAAAGACAUGUCUUCCUCUUCAAAAAUUAUCUUGUGAUUUGCAAACCAAAGCGAGACACAAAGACGGACACCUACAGUUACAUCUUCAAGAACAUCAUGAAGCUGAACAGCAUAGAUGUGAACGACCUUGUGGAAGGGGAUGACCGGGCGUUUGAGAUCUGGCACGAACGGGAAGACUUGGUCCGCAAGUACCUCCUUCAGGCACGUACAGUGAAUAUCAAGAACUCCUGGGUGAAGGAGAUCUGUGGCAUACAGCAGCGGAUCAGCGAGCCUGUCUGGAUACCUCCAGACUUUGAGGAAGAACUGGCAGAUUGUACAGCUGAGCUGGGAGAGACAGUCAAGCUGGCUUGCAAAGUUACGGGAGCUCCCAAGCCAUCCGUCAGCUGGUACAAAGAUGGAAAGCCUGUGGAGGUGGAUCCCCAUCACAUUAUAAUAGAAGAUCCCGACGGUUCCUGCACAUUGAUCUUGGACAACCUAACAGGUGUUGACUCAGGACAGUACAUGUGCUUUGCUUCCAGUCCUGCUGGAAGUGCCAGUACCUUAGGGAAGAUACUUGUUCAAGUGCCACCACGGUUUGUGAACAAAGUUAGAAAUGCUUAUUUUGUGGAGGGUGAAGAUGCUCAGUUUACCUGUACUAUCGAAGGAGAACCUAGGCCACAAAUCAGAUGGUACAAAGAUGGUCUACUGUUGAAAGACACAAGUAAAUACCAGACUUUCAGUGAACCACGGAGUGGCAUAAUAGUCCUGGUGGUCAAGAACCCGUCCAAUGAAGACAUGGGGCACUAUGAAUGUGAGCUGGUGAACAGAUUAGGGUCUGCAAAAAGUGGAGCGGAACUGUACCAUCACAGUGCUGCAGCCCUGACCCAGGAGAGGAGAGGAGACCAAGCCAUUACCAUAGAAGGAAUGACUUCCCCACAGUCAGAGAUGGAGACUUCUGUCCAGGCCUCGCUUCAGCGUGCUGAUAAGGAGAUCAAAACAGCUCUAAAGAAACUCGUGGACUCGGCGUCACUGCUGGUGACUCUUCCCCCGGGCAUGCGAGAAGGAGCCGGUGGCCUUUGCCUUCCUGGGUCCGUUCCUUCAGACCGCUCAGAAACAGCAGCCGGGCCCUCUGUGCUAGUUCAUGAAGCCAGUACCCAAACCCAGACUGCUGGAGGGCAUGACGAAGCACAAAAGCAGAUUCCAGCUGCUGAACCAAGUGUGCCAAAGCCCAGCCCUGGUCCUUCCCGUGAAGAGACGGCUGCUGGAGAUGAAAGCACUCAGGAGCGGACUGUUCCUAUUACCAGAACAUCACCAGCUGCCGGAGCAGGAGACUGGGACAGAAGAGAAGGAGAUGUGGUCUGGGAUGUACACAGUGAAGUUUAUAUUGAGACCACGGAAAGAACUUGUGUGUAUAAGACUGAGGAGAAGACCCCAACAAGUCCUCCCUAUAUGCAAGUGACAAUAGAGGAUGUGCAGGUGAAUUCGGGGGAGCGUGCCAAAUUUCAGGCAGUCAUUGAAGGAACCCCUCAGCCUACCGUUUUGUGGUUUAAGGGCACUUCGUUGCUGACAGACAGCAACAGGCUCCGUCAAGGGAAGGAAGGAACAACGUAUUUCUUAGUCAUGGACAAUGCUGUCCCAGAAGAUGGUGGUGUUUAUACCUGUGUUGCCAAAAAUGCAGGAGGGGAGGUUUUGUGCAAGGCAGAGCUUAUCAUACACGAAGCUAAGAAAGACCAAGCAGCAAAGAAAGUGGCCACCAGGAGAAAGCUCCAUUCCCUUUAUGAGGUUAAGCAGGAGAUUGGAAGGGGCUGCUUCAGCUUUGUGAAACGAGUUGUACACAAAGGGAACAGAGUGUCUUGUGCUGCCAAAUUCAUACCUCUACGAAGCAAAACGAAGGCUCGAGCGCAUCAAGAGAGGGAUAUUCUUGCCUCUCUGUCCCAUGACAGAAUUACCAGGCUCCUGGAUCAGUAUGAAACGCGAAAAACACUGAUUUUGAUUCUGGAGUUAUGCUCCAGCGAAGAGCUCCUUGACCGUUUAUUCAAGAAGAGCGUCGUCACUGAGGCAGAGGUCAAGUUGUACAUCAAGCAAAUUUUGGAAGGAAUCAAAUAUCUUCAUGACAACAACGUCCUUCAUUUGGACAUUAAGCCGCUGAAUAUCCUCAUGGUUUAUCCUGAAAGGGAAGACCUUAAGCUCUGUGACUUCGGAUUUGCUCAGAAGAUCACGCCCUUUGAGCCCCAGUUCAGCAAAUACGGGUCUCCGGAGUUUGUUGCCCCAGAAAUUGUUUCUCAGUCACCAGUGUCAAAAGCAACCGAUAUCUGGGCUGCUGGAGUCAUCACAUAUUUAAGCCUAACGUGCAAGUCUCCAUUUGCUGGGGAGAACGACAGAGGAACGCUUCUAAAUAUCCAGAACGGGGAAAUUUCAUGGACCACUCCUGAUUUUGUUCACUUGAGUGAAGAUGCAAAGGACUUUAUGAAAGGGAUCCUACAGCAGCACCCCGAAGCCAGGCCUAGUGCUUUGGACUGUCUUUCCCACAAGUGGUUCAUGCAUAAUCUCCCCCUCGAAGCAGCUCAUUUCAUCAAUACCAAGCAGCUCAAAUUCAUUGUGGCUCGGAGCAAGUGGCAGCGGUCUCUGAUGUGCUAUAAAUCCAUACUGGUAAUGCGAUCUAUCCCAGAAAUCCUAGAAAGGACUCACGACAACACCUCCCUGGCCAUCUCCCGACAUCUUAUUGAAGAAAGCACUUCAUCCAGUACCAGCGGCUCUUCUUCAGACAACGAGAACUCGCAUUUCCCCAAGAAGAGGCACUUUGGCUCUACGCCCGAACUGCACUUGUCCAUAUUUGAUGCACCAAGCCAACAGGAGCCUCCGAAACAUGCAAGUGAAGAGAAGCACUCUAAAACCUCAAUCCCUCCAGUAAAACCCAUGAGAAGGAAGUAUGCUUCAAUGAAAACUGAGGUGGGGCACAAAUCACCUACAGAAAGCAAAGAGCUCAUGGCAAGUAUCUUAAAGGAGAAAGAGGAGGGGCUCCACCCCAGACUUCGAGAUGAAAAAGCAGAGCAGUCCCAAAGAAGCGGUGCUGCUGAGCCUUCAUCAGUGAAGACUUCCACAGAAAGCACAUCGCAUCUAUGUCAGAAAGAAAAAACAGACAUAUCUGAUAAGGACAGAAUUGAAAAGGCUGGGGAUGGGACAGAAAAGCCACCUGUAUGUGUUCCUAGACAGAGUGUCAUUAAAAGCACUUUCUACAGCCAGGCAGCUGAGCUACCUGCAAGGGGGCCUUCCUCACCAGGCAGGGAGUUCAGAAGGCACCUGGACAGAGCCAGAAGGACUUUCCGGAAAGCUGGAUAUUCAAAGGUGCCCCUCAGUGGUCUCCGUGAACCCCUUCUAGAGCAGUUUGAACUGGAAGAAGAAGAAGGCAAGUCUGAUGAUGGAGAUGAUCACAGGGAGAGUCUGCUUGGUUCAUUGACCAAAUCAGCUUCGUUUGACACUGCAAGGAAACCACCACAUCCUGCCAUUGCCGGUGCUAGCCGAAGCCGUUCCCUGGAUGACUACAGGCUGAGAGCCUCAAGAUCAGUGAGGGAACAAGAUAUUUUGGAAGAAGACUGUGAUAUAUUGUCACAGGAAAGUUGCCCUGAAGGCAGUGACCACUGCGACAUUUCUGCGGGGCCUGGCAAGGGAUGUUCUGUAGAUGCUUCAAAGCAAGAGGACUUUAGGAGAGCCAGCAAGGAUUGUUCAGAAGAGCAGCCCCCUCCUUCCACACAAUGUGAGGGUAAUGGGUGUCCGGCUGUUUUUGUGCAACAGCUAGAGAGACUUCCAGCGUCACCUCAUGGGAGCGAGAAUAGGAAACAUUUACUGAAGAAGUCAAAAGCCACUUACAUUGAGGAGGAAGCUGAAGAUUUGGAAGGCAAAAGCCCCAUUCUAACUGCCCAGUGCUCAGAUGUAACUGCAUCAACAGCUCAAAAACACGAAAGCAUGGAGGGUAAAUCUUCCCCUGGCAGUGCCUCUGACACUGCUUUUCAGGAGGGCAAACAGUCCAUUUCAACUCUCUCACAGUCAGAGACCACCUCCAAGUCAGCCCCUACAAGUAAAGGAGGCGUGUAUCUGCCCCAGGAGUCUGCUCACAGUACUGACAUCCAUCCGGAUCUAAAAGGUGGAAGCUUGCUUAUCAAAAGGACAGCCCCAGUUCCACCUUGGAAAGACAAAAGGCAGAAACAUUCACAUGAGAAGUCUUCUGCUCAUGGUGUUGCCGAAUCUGAUUUCAUGGGGCCUGAAAGCUCUGCUGUUUUAACAGGCCCACAAACAGAAAUCGAUUCACUUCCAGUAGGUAAAGACAAAAGUCAGGAACUUCCUGGUCAAAGUGUUCCAGCAACUACUGUCUUGGUGGGCAAACAGCCAGGUACCCUAACUGCUCUGCACACAGCUGAUGAAGGUGCUCAUCAGAAGCUGAAGACCUAUAAAGAGGUGAGAUCUGCUGUCCUGGAGGAUGAAGGACCGGGUAUUAUAGGAAUCACUCCACCAUCAGCUCAUGAUGGUGAAAGCCAAGCGCACAAGAGGGUUCCUGUUCACGUCGACACAGCAUCUGCCAUCCGGAAGGGAGACCACCUCGUUGUUCCAAAAGUCGCACCACCAAAAUCAAUGUUGACUUCAGUCUCCGAUGCAGCACGGCAGGCUGAAAGGGAACGGCCAGCUCAUAGCAAGGAGAGGCUUGCUGCUCUGAGGAGUGAAAGCUCAGCUGUCGCAGAGAUUGUUCCCAGUUUGGCCCACGAAGCUGAAAUCAAGGGAGCUGAACCCCAGAAGGUUUCUGAAGGCAGUGGCACCGUGCCUGCUGUUCUGGAGAGCAGACACCCAGCUAGAACCGUGUCCUCCCAAAAUACUGGCCUCCCAUCGGUCUGUGAGAGUAAGAAGCAAGAACAUCCAAAGGCAUCACUUCACAGUGAGGUGAGAUCUGUUGUGACAGCAAGUGGAAGCCAAGCAACUGGACAGACUACGCCUGCUCCUUUCCCCAAGACUGGACGUCAGGUGUUUGAGCAGCACAGGGCUGCCUAUGCCAGUGGCAGAGUUUCUGCUGAUCUGGAGCGUGGGCCUCCAGGUGUCUUAACUGCUUCACAACCAGAAAUUGCUCCAUCUGCAGUCUAUGAGCUAGAAUAUGAGGAACAUCGAAAGGUUUAUGGUGAGGGUAGAGGCGUUGCCUUAGAAAGUGGAAGCUGUGGUACUGGAAAAACUGUCCCACCGUUGCUCCACAGGGAUCAAAGUCAGGAGCUCUCACAUCACAGGUCUUCUUUCUACAGUGAUGAGGAGUCUGCUGUGCUGGAGGGCUUAGUGGAUGAGAUGGUUUCCCUCUCUGAAGAGAUGAAUGUUUGGGCAGAGUCAGUUUCCGGUGAGGAGGAAUGCAGAAAGCACACCUCUCCUCCCACAGAGAUGUUCUCCAAAGACCCAGGUAACCAAGCACCCAAGGACACCUCCUUCCCUUCUGUACAAGGGGGUAAAAGAGGAGAAGUCUCUGAGCUGGAUGACCUUGCAGAACCUUAUCUUGUUGUGAGUGAGGAGACAGUGGUACUGGAAGGGAAGGGAGCACAGACGGUUCCUCAUGAAUGUGAGCAUCUGGAGGACUUAGCAUUUGAGAUCCGCGCUCCUAGCCAAGUGAGUGUUUCCUCAACAGAUAGCUUGGACACUGGAAAAAGACCCAGUCAAGUGUCAGUGAGCAAGGACACUGGUAAACACCCAGAAGUUUCUUUAGUAAAAAUCAAAGACCUGUCGGACGAAACACCCAGUCUUGGCAGUGGAACUCCAAAACUUGACAUAUCAGAGGUAGAGCCUGCCUACUUGAAUUUCUCUGAUUUGUAUGACAUUGUCUAUUUUCCAUUUGAAUUUAUGAACUAUAGGAAGCCUCCACCCAAACCAACUGGUAGACGGUUUAUACCUUUUGGCGAAAGGGCAAGGUCACCUCCUGCAGGACAUUUGCACAAGGAUAAAAGACUGUGCAUCAGAGAAGAGGCAGAGGACAAGAACAGGAAGAACCAUUUGGAAAUAUCUGAGGAUUCAAAGGCAACUAACUUAUUAGCCAUGGGGAAAGGGUCAGAGAGUCAUAAAGAAAUGUAUGGCCCCCAAAAGGACUCAAGUGGUAAGCAGAAAAGCUCCUCCUACAAGAAGACAGGACUCUUUAAGCCAUAUGUAAGGUCUCAUUCAGUGGAGCAGUCAGUGGAGCAGAGUCUGAAGAAGAAAGUAAAAGCUUCUGUUGCCCAUAUUUCAAGAAUCCUAAAAGGAAAGACAUCUCCUGAGCCAGAGGCAGAGGAAGAGUUUGGUGAGCUGGGAAGUGAGGCAGUAGAAAAAGAGCUGUUAACAGGGGCUGAAGGAUCUCUGAAGAGGAAAUCAGCACUCUCUUCAUUCAAGUUCUCAAGCCUCAUGCCAAAGGAGAAAGCACCUUCAUUCGUUGAGGAGCUCAUCGAUCAGGCUGCUGCCGUCGAACAGUGCGUGACGCUGUCGUGCCGGACAGCGGCUCACUCUUCCCUGCACAUCGACUGGUUCAGAGAUGGGAUACCUGUCCACAGCAGCAGCCGGAUCCUCAUCUCAGCCACGCUCAAAAACUUCCAGCUGUUAACUAUUCUCUCUGUUGGUGCUGACGAUUUUGGUAUUUACACCUGUGUGGCCACAAACUCCCUGGGCUCAGCAUCCACCUCUUGCAUCAUAAGAAAAGCAGAGGUUCCUCCCAGCCCUCCACCCCCUGACAUCGUGGAGGUCUACGAGGAUGGAGUGCAGGUGGUCUGGAAACCUGUGGAAACCAACACCCCCGUCCAUUACACUGUCCAGUGUAAGAGCGAAGAUGGGGAGUGGGUGACUCUUGCUUCUGACAUCGCUGACUGCUGCUACUAUGCCAAAAAUCUCUCCAAGGGGUUUAUCUACUGCUUCAGGAUAGCCUGCACCAGUAAAGCCGGAAUGGGCCCUUACAGCGACCCGUCUGCCAAAGUGGAAAUCACUGGGAAGGAUCAAAUAGAGCUUCGUGCUGCAAUGCAGAACUUCCCAUCAGCUGCUACUGAAGAAGAGAGCGAAAUAAUCGCACCAUCCGAGCCUUUCCCAACCUACCAGACCUACGCCUUCCAAAUGGAGAUCAAAAGGGGGCGUUUCAGCAUCGUCCGACAGUGCAGGGAAAAAGUAAGCGGCAAGACUUUAGCUGCUAAAAUUAUCCCUUACUGGCAAGAGGACAAGCAGACUGUGCUCCUCGAGUACCAAGUCCUGAGGAAGCUUCACCACACAAACAUAGCUCAGCUGAAGGGAGCCUACGUCAGCCCACGGCACUUAGUGUUGAUCCAGGAGAUGUGCGUGGGACCAGAGCUACUCCACUCUUUGGCAUUACGGACAUCGUACUCAGAAGUGGAGGUUCGAGAUUACCUGUGGCAGAUCCUCAGUGCCAUUGAGUAUCUCCACACACACAGCAUCCUGCACUUGGAUCUCAGAUCUGAAAACAUGAUCGUCACCGAGCCCAACCUGCUGAAACUCCUGGAUUUUGGCAAUGCACAGUUCUACACACAAGACAAAGUCAUUACCAUGGACAAGUGCACAGACUAUGUUGAAACCAUGGCUCCAGAACUGCUGACAGAGCAAGGAGCCCUCCCGCAGACUGAUAUAUGGUCCAUCGGGAUCACAGCCUUCAUCAUGUUGAGUGCCAACUACCCCGUCAGCUCUGACGUAGCCUGCGAGUUUCUGAGAACGACCAGGAAGGGGAAAGUGAAGCUCACGCGGUGCUACGCGGGUCUCUCCGGGGGAGCAGUGUCCUUUCUCCAGAGCACGCUGUGUGCAAAUCCCUGGGGAAGGCCGUCAGCCUCGGAGUGCCUUCAGAACCCAUGGCUCCAGGAGACAGGUUUGGACAACAGGCAGCAAGCACUGGUUACCUUCCCUACCACCAAACUGAGGAAUUUCCUCACCGAACGGGAAAAGAAAAGGGGCCUGCUGUGCUCCAAGUAUGGCCUCAUGAUUGCACAGUGACGUGGAUGUAACGACAGACAUGAAUUGUCUCCCUCUCCCCUUCUGUACUUAGUGUUUGGUACCAAAGAGUCCUGCCAAGUUGCUGUGCAUCAGCUGAGCUGGGGUAACUGCUCCCCGUGAAUGCGAUUUAGCAUAACUGAGCAAAUUAAUGCACAUUACGUGCAUUGCCACAAGGUAAGAACAGAAAUAUAGACCUAACAUGGCCCAGCUGACUAGCAGUAACUUGACAGUAUGUGUGUCACUUGGCUGCACGCUUCCUGGGAUAAGCAGGAGAGAUUUGCGUAGCCAUUUCUGAAUGGGACUAGCUACCAGCCCCAAGCAGCUUUGCAAAUCCUUCCCUGAGGCCAGAAAGACUCCAUGCGUGCAAAUGCUGGGCACUGACUUCUGCCCCUGGCCCCAGGACGUGAUAACCAGACGUGCUUUCAGAUGUUACUGCACUGCUCGUCCCACAGUGACCACCGCAGCAAGGUCUGAGUGACUGGUGGGUUUCUCACCUGCUUCCAAUCCGAAAGAAUUCAAUGACCAGUUAUGAUGGGAAAAAAAAAGUGAAGCACUUUUUUGGGGCUGAUGUUAGACAACAAUGUAUCUUCAGGCUUUGGAUGUAGAGAUCUAACUGGAUAAAGCCCUGAGCAGACCUGGCCUGAGUCGAUAGCUGACCCCGCUUUGAGCAGAAGGUUGGUCUACAGACCUCCUGAGCUCCUUCCCAACCUGACUUGUCCUGUGAUCCCACGUCUUUGCCAAGUGCCAGACACAAGGCUGGAGUGGUGGGACUCUGCUAGCAUCCAUCAGCAGCCAGGCUCAGCACGUCGCUUACCUGGCCAAGUUCUCCACCAUCCCCAUGGGGCCUGACCUGAGAUUAAACACGGGGCUAGAGGAGAGCUCUUCUAGCUCUGGAGCAACAAAAGCCUGCAGAGGGAGGAGGUAUAUGUGUUACGUGUGUGACAGUGGUACCACCAAGGAGAUUUUUAACCAGGGCUUUUCAUACUCUGUGAGGAAACUCACAAGAAACAAGAAGAGCCAGUCUCCGUGAAAGCAGCCUUGUAGCUCAACCCUGUAGCACGAGGUGUGUACAGGGAGGGCAACAGCAAUGGGGCUUUCCAGUAACUGAUAAGUUGCACAUCUUCCUCAUCCCACUCCUGCAAGAGGUCAUAGCUUGAACAGAGCUACUGUUCCCCCUGGGGCCCAAGCUGACACUCCAUAUGCUGCUCCACCUGGGUGGCCCGGCUCCUGAUCUCUUAGAGCCCAGCCUGCUGCUCAAUGAGCUGUGUGGCUCCAUGGAAGUUCACCAGCUCUCCAUGGGCACCUGCGCUGUCGUGUCUGCAGAGCUGGCCGAGCUCCUCAAAGGUUUCAAGGUUUGAAAACACCACAGAACUUGUUUUUUGGAGCACGUAUUUGAAGUCUCCUGUCAGACCUAAAUGACAGACUCACCCAUCACAUAGGAUCUUACAGUAACCCCUCACCUGCCUGACUGCAUCUGCAUCAAUUCUCUUAAAAAUGUGUUAAAAACCAAACAAAUAGAAACAACUCUUGGAGAAACCAAGCUGUGACUUGGUGUAUGGGCACCUCUGGGAAAGAUGUCCCCCGUGGCCAGGAUGCCGGCACAUGGAGCAUUUAGUUGUAUGGCUUUCCUCGCAAGCGGGGCUAAAACGGGCUUGUGCAGAAAGCCUUUUCUGAGCACAUCUAAGGCUGUCAGGCAGUGGUGUGAGCGGUUCAUUGCAGCCUUGCUUUGCUCCCCAUCAAAAAUGCUCCCCCAUCUUUCCUGGCUUCAUUGCGUGUGGAUCACUGCAUCCUGCCUGCCACAGGGUAUUUCGGCAUACGCCGUCACUUGCUGGGAAUAACUUGGCCGCCGGACAGUAAAGGCAGCAAACACAAUAGCGAGCAUGACCUCGUUACAUGCAGAUGUUGUACCACCGAGAGACUUUGCCACUUUGAGGCCUGGCUGUUCUUCUCUGGGGAGUGCAUCUACCAGGAGACAUGGCAGCAGUGUCACCGGCAAAUGCUGCGUGUUUUAAUCCUUAAAAAAAAUCCUGAACUUCCAUGUUCCUCUUUCUCCUCCAAAAUCUGCUUUCCUUUGCAAUGGAUGGUGUUAGCUGUGUCAUUGCUUUGUACUUAUAACCUCAGCGUUCCUUUGAGUUUCUCUGAAGUGAAUGAUGUAUCUAUUGGUGCUGUUGAGUUUCUUCAAUUUUCCUUACAAGCAGCAGCAAGCGGAGGCUUUCUCAGAGCCGUAUCUGGCUGUGUUUAGAGGAACGAGGACAGGAAAACAGUCCCUAAUGCAUUACAGUUUAACACUAGAAGUGAUGCUCUUUAGCCAGGGGUGGUCUUUUCCAACACAUUUAACCGGUAUUGUUCCAAUCUGAAGUGUGCAGCAUCAUGACUCCAUCCCUCGCGUGGUGUGCAGAGUAGGAACUGUAACAGAGCAGAGAAGCUUUCACUGUGCUGUGGAGAGCAGACACGGACUCAAUAGACUGCAAAGCUUUGAACGUCAAAGUAAUAAUGUCUUCACUAUGCACUACAGAAGAGAAAACCAAGAUUUAGGGCCAGACUCCAUGCUCAGUUCUCUUGGGGGAUAGAGGAGUUAUACGAGACAGACACUGCCAUGAGGUCUGCUGCCCAAUAAGCUUUUCAGGACCCUGGAUUCCUUCCCAUUUAACUUCUUUUACAAAUCCAGUAAGGUUUCCGUUGGCACAGGCUAGUUCUUUACUCUUGCUGGUACACUUUGGGAUGGAAAGCUCAGUGCCAGGGGACAACCCAUCUAAGCAUAAAUCUUAAUUGCAGAUUAACUCAUUUGGAGCUUUCACACUCUUCCAUAUAUGACUCUAAGUGAUGAUUUUUUUAUUUUAUUUUAUUUUUUGCUUCUCACAACUGCAUGCAUUUGAGCAUGUCUGAAGUCUUUUAUAGACUCAAUACCGUUCAGUUAAAUAAACCAUUCUGACAAGGAAGUAAAGCCAGAUGUUUCUGC